AUGGUCCAAAUCCCCAGAUCGUACGCGGAACUGAAGCAGAAGGUUCCAAACAUUGGAAUCAUUUUUGCCGCAAUAGCUUCGUGGUUUUCGUUUAGUUUACUUAUCUCGCUUUACAACAAAUGGAUGUUUUCAGAUCCUACUUUGAACUUCAAGUUCCCCGUGAUAAUUACAGCCUGUCACCAAUUCGUGUUAUUUUGGCUCAGCUGUUUGACGCUCACCUUUUGGCCCAAGUUCAGACUGAACUAUGUCGAUCCUUCCAAAGGCAUUGCGUCCUCCGAAAAUCUCAGCUACUUUAUCAACCCUAAAGUGUACAUUACCAAGAUCUUGCCGUGUGCGCUGGCUUCCGCCGGUGAUAUUGGCUUGGGCAACUCUUCUUUGAAGUAUAUCACCAUCUCGCUAUACACCAUGCUCAAGUCCUCUGCAGUGCUCAUCUUCACGCUCUUCUGGGGUUUCCUUCUCAGACUGGAGAAAGUUACGUUGAAGCUUUGUCUGAUUACGUUCAUCAUGACUGGUUCGGUCAUGAUGAUGGUGUACGGACAGGGAGAGACCUCGGCUGAGACCAGUCCUUCCGCUGUUGAGGAGGAGGCUGGAGAAAUGAAGCUCAGAUUCGUCAAGCACCUCGUGAAAAGAGCAGCUUCUCUGUACCUCGGUGUCAGAGACGAGGAGCAGGAAUCCGACGACUUGGUUUCCUCGUCCUCCUUCACAGGUUCUACGGCCAAAGCUUCUGCUGCCCUGGACACACUCACCGCAUCCUCCAUCAUCAUUGGCUGCAUCCUGGUUCUGCUUGCAUCUUGCAUGUCUGGGCUUAGAUGGGCUUUGACUCAAAUUGUCUUGCGUGGCAACAGAUACACCAAAAACCCAAUUUUGACCAUCUUCUAUCUGAGUCCCGCCAUGUGCGUCUCGCUGAUUGUCAUGGGCUCGCAGGUCGAAGGCUUAGGCAACUUUCUAGGAUCGCAGGUCUGGGAGACGUAUGGUAUUUUGGGAACCUGUUUGCUGCUUUUGUUCCCAGGUUUCCUGGCCUUUUGCAUGACCCUGUCUCAAUUCAUCAUUCUGCAGUACGCUCCGUUGCUCACGCUCUCUAUUGCCGGUAUUGUCAGAGAGCUCAUUACUAUAUUCCUCGGAUGGCUGAUCUUCGGCGACCACCUGAACGCGAUCAAUAUGCUGGGUAUAUUGAUCACCUUGGGAGACAUUGCAUGGUACAAUCUCUACAGACUGGAGCAAUCUUCGGCCAAGCCGGCUUCUGCUGCGUCUUCUGAGGACACAGAGAGGUUUGUCACCGAGGAGCACGAGCUUGAGUCUAUCGACAGACGCAAGUGA